AUGGGAUUCUCCUCAAAGUGUCCCCUGCGUCCCUUUUUCGUUGGUGCUACAGUUUCCGACGACAGUUACCUCCAUAUGCUGGAGACGCAUGUUAUCCCGCAACUCAAUCAGCACAAGUCAUCGACCGUCUUUCAACCCCAAUACUCAAACCAAGAACAGAUAGAUAUUCCGGACAAUUCUACAUACGAUGCAGUUGGGCACGUUUUGCAAGUGUUCAAGAAUUCACGGAUGGUGGAACAAACUGCCGGCAUCAAAGAGAAAGCCAAUCAAAUUGGUGCACAGGCUUUUCGUCUUAUACCAUCGUUCGUUGGAUUUGCUGCAUUUUCUGAGCACUUCGAGGACGGUGUCCGAUGA